AUGCAUGAGACUCUUGAUCCGUGUAGCUCCUCCAAAGUAACCCCUUCAGUUCUGGUGGGCUGCUAUGUUUCGUGGGGAUUUAUCUUUCUAAUCUUCCCUUUUCUUUUGCUGUCUGAUCCAGGCUGCAGAGGAAAGCUGUGUGGCUUCGGGGCGGUGUGUGAGCGGGACCCGUCCGACCCAGCCAAGGGCGAGUGCGUUUGUAAGAAAUUCGAAUGUCCACUCAUGGUGGCUCCUGUUUGCGGCUCCGACACUUCCACCUACAGCAACGAGUGCGAGCUGGAGAAGGCUCAGUGCGAAAAACAGCGACGCAUCAAGGUGCAGCGCAAAGGACCCUGCUCUCUGAAGGACCCCUGCACGGAGGUGACAUGUAGCUACGGCAGCACGUGCGUCAAGUCGUCGGACGGCAUGUCGGCGAAGUGCAUGUGCCCCCUCAGCUGCGAAGGCAAACCCCAGCAGGCGGUGUGCGGCAGCGACGGGAAGGACUACCGCAAUGAGUGUGAACUCCACCAGCACGCAUGCAAGACCCAGAAGAACAUACGAGUGCAGUUCCAAGGACCCUGCGAUCCUUGCAAAGACAGUCAGAACAGUCUAAACACUAUCUGUCGAGUGAAUGCCAUGACCCGCCAGCGUGAGAUCUACAAGUCACCAGAGUCCUGCUCUGAAGAUAAGGAGCCUCUGUGCGCAAGCGACGGCCAGACAUACUUCAGCGAGUGCGCCAUGAUAGCCACAGGCUUUCAGAAGGGCAUCAGCCUCAGGAAGAUCCAUUCUGGCCAAUGCAGAAAUCUGGAUGUGUGUCAAGAAGAUUGUCUAUUCAAUGCCGUGUGUGUGGUGGAAAAGGUCGGUGCCCGCUGCUCCUGUGAUCCCAUCGAAUGCGACGCCACCUACAAGCCACUGUGCGUCAAGGAUGGACGCACUUUCUCCAAUGACUGCCACCGACGCAAGGCGGAGUGCAUGGGCAAGAACCUCCUCCCCAUCAAGCACUACGGGCCCUGUGAUCUCAACUCACCAAGCCCCUGCUUGAUGAAGACAUGCGAACACGGGGCGGUGUGCGUCGUCAAGAACAACGAGCCGGUCUGCGAGUGCACCGAGGCCUGCCCCCAGAUCUCCGACCCGGUGUGCGGAUCCGAUGGCCAAACCUAUAGCAGCCCCUGUGAGAUGCGGGCGAUGGGUUGCACUCUGCAGAAGCAAAUCCGCAUCCAGCACAAAGGACCAUGCGAUGAAUCUUGCACCAACUGCUCCUUCGGGGCGAUCUGUGACGCCCAGAGCGGUCUGUGCGUGUGCCCGUCCGAGUGUGUCGAGUCCCACCAGCCAGUUUGCGGCAGCGACGGCCACACCUACGGCAGCGAGUGUGAGCUGAAUGUGCGCUCCUGCAAGGAGCAGAUGGAGCUGCGGGUGGUCAGCCAGGGAGAGUGCAAAACAUGCGGCAGCACCGUCUGCAGCUGGGGUGCCCGGUGUGUGGAGAAGAAGUGCGAGUGCCCGCAGUGCUCAGGCGAGGCCACCUCUCCGGUGUGCGGCAGUAACGGCAUCACCUACGACAACGAGUGCGAGCUCCACAGGUCGUCCUGCACGCAGAAGAUGAAAAUUGAUGUGGCGAAGCCCGGCAGCUGCGAGGAAGAAUGUGGCUCUGGAGCAUCUGGGUCGGGCGUGGAGAGCUGCGAACAGGAGCGCUGUGCCAUGCAUGGUGGCCAAUGGAACGACGAUGAAGAGGAUGAACGCUGUAUCUGCAACUUCAGCUGUGAAAGUGUGCCACACAACGAGGUGUGCGGCUCUGAUGGAAAAACCUACAGGAACGAGUGCGAACUAAAGAACACCAGAUGUUUGGAGAGGAGGCAGUUGUUGAUUCAGAGUCAGGGACCCUGUGCAGAGAAUCCUCCCGCACCUCCGACUGAGCUGACGGCGCCGCAGCACUGCAGCCUCUCUCCGUACGGCUGCUGCUCCGACAACGCCACCGCCGCUUUAGGGGUCGGGCAGGCUGGAUGUCCCAGUACGUGUCAGUGUAACGUCCACGGCUCCUACAAGGGCACCUGCGACCCGACCAGCGGGCAGUGCUCCUGUAAGCCGGGCGUCGGCGGGCAGAAGUGCGACCGCUGCGAGCCAGGCUUCUGGAACUUCCGCGCCAUCGUCACCGAAGGCAUGAGCGGCUGCACACCGUGCAGCUGCGAUCCCACAGGCUCGGUGCGGGAUGAUUGCGAGCAGAUGUCGGGCCUGUGCUCUUGCAAGACGGGGGUGAAGGGCUUGAAGUGCAACGUGUGCCCAGAUGGGAGGAAGAUCGGCAUGAACGGCUGCGACAACGGUCCAGACGCCCCAAAGUCGUGUGAAGAACUGGUUUGCAGCUUCGGUGCAACCUGCAUCGAGGAAAACGGCCAGGCCCAUUGUCAGUGCCCCCCUCCUGACUGUGAUUUAAGAAACAAAACAAAGGUGUGCGGCUCAGAUGGGGUGACCUACGCCGACCAGUGCCAACUGAGGACCAUAGCCUGCAGGCAGGACAAGGACAUUAUGGUGCAACACUUUGGACAGUGCACAGAAACCAUCUCUGAACCGGCAGACCGACCCACCCCCAACCCUCCCUCCACCACCACCGCGGCAGCCACCACCACCCCCGCCCCCUUCAACCCUGACAUGGUGUUUGCCAUCCCGCCUCCAAUGACGGCCCAGCCGGGGCCCACCGAGCAGCCCGUGACCAACGCCGUCCUUUCCACCUCCACCAUCAGCCGUGCACGAUCCAACCACCGUCAGCCCAUCCUCACCGCCGCCAUCACCGCCACUCUCAGCAGUCCUGCCCCCUCCACCUCCGCACUGACCCCUCUCGAGGGCUCAGGCAGCGGCGAACCGAGCGGCGACGAAGACGAAGAGGAUUUGCGGGAUGACGAUAUUGGUAGCGGCAUCCAAUCAGAAGCCAGCGGGGCAGACGAGACUGGCGGUCCGACAGCGGCAGGUUCUGCUGGUCCCAAUUCUGAGGAUAAGUCCUCCUGUGACACCACAGAGUUCGGCUGCUGUCCCGACGGCAAGACCCCGUCCAGCACCCCAGAGGGCACCAACUGCCCCCCUACCAUGAGGUUCUCGGGUUUACUGCACCUGGAGCAGGUGGAUAACCUGGUCUACACCCCUGAGAUGCAGGAUCCAAAGUCUGAGCUGUUUGGAGAGACGGCCCGCAGCAUAGAGAGCGCUCUCAAUGAAAUGUUCAGGAAGUCACAGGUGCACAAAGAAUUCAUGGGAGUUCGAGUCCGUCAGCUGGCACAAAACGACUCCAUCCUGGCCUACGUGGAGGUCCAUUUCAGGCCAGAUACGAGAUACAACGUGAAGGACAUCAAGGGAGCGCUGCUGAAACAGUUAAAGGCUUCCAAAGACACCAGCCUCUCUGUGAAGAAGCCCACGGCAGAGAAUAUUCACUUCACUAAUUAUGGUUUAUCCACCAUCCCAUUGUUUACCACCACCACCACCACCACAGCUGCAGUCACCACCGCCGCCCCCAUCACCACAUCCAGAGCUCCUGCUACUUCCCCCUACUUCACACGCCGCCCAGAAGGAAUCACCCGCAGGUUCCCCGGCGGCAGGCGUACCACCACCACAGCCCCGCCGGUCAUCAGAACCUCCACUACCACCUCUGCACAUCACCCCACCACCACUCAGCCGCCCGCUAACACCACACCAAGAAAGGGGACUACACCCAAGACCCUAAAGCCCUGCGACUCCCACCCGUGUCUCCACGGUGGCACCUGCGAGGACGACGGCGACGACUUCCGCUGCCAGUGCCUCGCUGGACGAGGAGGGGCGGUGUGUGAGAAAGUGAUCAAGUACUUCAUCCCGUCGUUUGGAGGCCAGUCCUAUUUGGCCUUCCCGACGAUGAGCGCGUACCACACGGCCCGGAUCGCCAUGGAGUUCAGAGCGUCCGAGAUGAACGGCCUGCUGCUCUACAACGGCCAGAUGAGGAAGAAGGACUUCAUCUCUCUGGCUCUGGUCAACGGCAGAGUGGAGCUCAAGUUUAACACUGGAUCGGGAACAGGCACCGUGAUCAGCAAGGUUCAGAUCACCCCGGGACGCUGGCAUCAGCUGGUGGUGACGCGCAGCCGGCGAAGCGGCAUGCUCAGCGUGGACGGUGAGCCGCACGUCCAGGGUGAGAGUCCUCCCGGUACUGAUGGCCUCAACCUCGACACCCAACUGUUCAUUGGUGGGGUGACGGACGACCUGAAGCAAGAUGUUAGGGAAAGGACCGGGGUCACCUCAGGUCUGGUUGGCUGCAUCCGCAUGCUGGACGUCAACAACCGGAUGCUCAACAUUCAGGAGAGCAACGGCGACAGCCUCUUUGGCGCCGGAGUGGGUGAAUGUGGUAACAACCCCUGCCAGCCGAACCCCUGCAAGAACGGAGCCGAGUGCCAGGUCAAAGAGGCUGAGAUGUUCCACUGCAAGUGCAGCAAUGGAUUCUGGGGUCCAACGUGUGCUGACGUCCAUGACCCCUGCAAAGACAGCAAGUGCCACAGUUCCUCCAAGUGCAAGGCGCUCCCAGCGGGAGGCUAUAAAUGCGAGUGUCCCAUGGGACGUGAGGGAAAGCACUGUGACAAAGUGGCUGAGACGAGAGGGGCUUACAUGCCUCUGUUCAACGGAGACUCCUACCUAGAGCUGAAGGGGCUUCAUCUCUACGGGCACAGUCUACGUCAAAAAUUCAGCAUGACGUUGGUUCUUAUGGCCAAUGACUCCAAUGGUCUGAUCUUCUACAACGGGCAGAAGUCUGAUGGAAAUGGGGACUUCAUCUCUCUGUCCCUGAAACAAGGCUUCCUGGAGUUUCGCUACGAUCUUGGAAAGGGACCUGCUGUUAUCAGGAGUAGGACCCCGAUGAAGCUGAAGGUGUGGAACACCAUUGACCUGGAGCGCUCUGUCCGCAAAGGAGAGCUCAUGGUGAACAAGAAGGACCCGGUUCGAGGAGAGUCACCAAAAUCACGCAAGAACAAGCACACUGAACUCAACCUGAAAGAGUCUCUCUUUGUUGGCGGAGCUCCCGAUUACAGCAAGCUAGCGAGAGCCGCUGCGCUCGAGCAGGGAUUCAAGGGAACCAUCCAAAAGAUUAUGCUGAUGAGCACCCCCAUCCUCAGGGAGGAGAACGCCCUGAACUCCAGCAACGUAGCCAUGUUCCGUGACCACCCGUGUUUCCGGGAGCCAUGUCAGAACGGCGGCCGCUGCAAUCCUCAGCUGGGCGGCUACGAGUGCUCUUGCCAAACUGGUUUCUCAGGGGACAGCUGUCAAAACACCAUCCACGAGAAGUCCGCCGGAGAGACCGAGGCCAUCGCCUUCGACGGGCGGACGUUCAUCGAGUAUCACAACGCCGUCACCAGGAGUGAAAAGGCUCUGCUGGUGAACAAAUUCGAGCUGAGCAUCCGCACAGAGGCCACUCAGGGCUUACUGCUCUGGAGCGGGAAGGGUGUGGAGCGUUCCGACUACAUCGCGCUGGCCAUCGUGGAUGGGCACGUCCAGAUGACGUACGACCUGGGCUCUAAGCCCGUGGUGCUGCGCUCUUCUGUGCGUGUCGACACCAACCGCUGGAUACGCAUCAAAGCCAGCAGGGCGCUUCGGGACGGCUCUCUGCAGGUUGGAAACGAGGCGGCGGUAACAGGGUCAUCUCCCUUACGAGCAACGCAGCUGGACACAGAUGGAGCCUUAUGGUUAGGUGGUCUGGAGGAGCUGGCCGUGGCCCGCCGCCUGCCCAAGGCCUACAGCACCGGCUUCGUCGGCUGCAUCAAGGACGUGGUGGUGGACGGCGUGGAGGUCCACCUGGUGGAGGACGCCUUAAACAGCCCGAAAAUAUUACACUGUUCCGCUGCCAAAUAACCAGCAAGACAGAAAGCACUGCGAGACCGGAGAAUAAAAACAUAAAACAAAACAAGAAACCCUCCCACCCGCUCCCCCCCCGUAACGCCCAUGUCUCCUGCUGUAAUUAUUUUCUAUUUUUGUAUACUUUUCAUCGCUUUUUAUAUGGGGAAAUAAUGAAUACGUUGUUUUUAAUUUUUGUUUGAAUCAUUUUUUUUUUGCCAUUUUCUUCUGCUCCACUCCUCCAUCACACUUUGUAUUGUCCUUUUUUUUUGUUCUUCUUAAAAAAAAGCUAUUUACUUUGUAUUGAUUUUGUUGUUACCUUAAGAAAAACAUCACCUUUUUUUUUUAUCACUCAUUACUUGAACGCCGUGGACCUUGCUUCUAAUCUCUGAUUGUUGCCUCGUCUUGGUGCCAUAUCAACCAACCACAUUCCCCCCAGACAUGGCCCAUACAUCCUGAUCAUACAGACAUACAUUCCCGUUUCUCAGCCGGAGCGCCAUACUGGCGUCCAGCUGGCAUAGAGUCUAUCCGGAUCCCUCUGUAUUAUUCAAUCCACUCUAUUUUCCUAAUGAAAUAUCAGCCAAGCUGCUACAGUGACUAAGUGCACCGUCAAGCCACUCGAUCAACUCCCAUGUAACAGCUUCAAGAAAAGAAAGGAAAAAAAAUAGACGCUUUCCAGUCGACCCAUCAGAGCCUUUAGUUUUGAAAUAUGACUAACACCGCAGCCCCGACGUGAUGGAGAGAGCUCUGCGCCACACAAUGACUCUCACAUUAUUAAUCAUGAAUCAUAGAUACUCAUAAAUGUUAUAAAAAUAGACUAUAUAUAAAUAAUACCUAAGACUGUGAAUAUGUAAGAUGGGUUCUCUUCCGAGACUUGUGCUUUUCAUGUACUGUUGUGCGUUCCGUUCUACAAUCAGCAGAUGAACUAAUGCUCACCACUAUAAAUGCAUGCACUUCUGCAGUGUUGGUUAGAAUCUGGGUUUUUCCCUUUUUUUUUUUUGGUUUGUUUAUUUACAUUCUGUUUAAAAAGAAAGGAAAAUAAUCUAAUUUGAGAAAUGAGUCUUGUUUUUUGUUUUUGUUUCUCUUAUUAUUUGCUGAUGAGUUUAGCAGAACGUAAAGGAAUGGGAAUUAUGCUUUAAGGAGGCGUUUUUGCCAUUUUGAUCUUUGGUGUUCUGGGGUUUUUUUUUUUUUUUUUGGGUGUUCUGGAAGUUAGUUUUGCAGGAACUCGAUGAGGUUGUUACCGCGUCCGACCUAAAGGAGGCGUUGAAAGCAAAGGCUGAAGAAAAGAGGACAGACAGACAGAGAGAGAAAGGAGGGAAGCAAGAGGAGAUCUCCUGGGAAUGUCCUGUAUAUCCUGAAAACUAUAAUCAGCUCUCAUGACUAAAGACACAAAAUAAACCCUUCCCCUAACUCUGCUUGGGAUUUAAUUCCUUUCUUUUUUUUUUUUCUUUUUUUUUUUUAAUCCAAGAACAUUCCUGGAGGCAGACAUUAAGCUUCGUCUGUUCAAUGAGAAUAAGAUGGAUGAUGGUGAAGGAGAUGCUGGUACGUUCUGAAGCCAUAACAGCCGCUAAAACUGAGGGGGAAAAAAAAAUCCUCAGUCCUGCAGUAAUUUUCAAGUUAACAGCAAAGCAUGGAGCGUUGCAACGUGGAGCCGGACGCAAUAAACUGAGCUGACUGACUUAAAGACACUUGUUUUGAUAUGAGAACCUUGGCAAUAUCCUACUAAAAAAACCAUGCCUGUUUGUGACUAUCACAUGGUCUUGUACCUCUUUUCUUCCCCCCUUCCUGCUUAUGUUCUCCUUUUAAUCUUAAGGCGACCUGUUUUUGUACAGCCCUGCAGUUUUAAAGUGUAAAUUUAGCUAAAGUGUGAUCUGUGCAGGUUUCUGUUUUUAGUAAUAUACACUGGAGCCAUGUCUGACUCGUCUUUUCACCCAUAAAAAGAUAUACUUCUGUGUGUGGGAGACGUAUCGCCCUAAAGCUAUUACUGUGUUCUACAUAUCCCAGUUCUGGGAAUCCCUUCCCUGGUGUCCCAAGUUUCAGUUUUAUUUCAGCAAUCUGCUCUUUGAAUUUAACCCAAAUUGGCUGGAAUUGGAAAACAAAAACAAACCAAAAAUCAGUAAGAGACCCCUGCAGCAGGAGUCUCCCUAUAUGGCUCUGGUGGAAACUGAAUUGCCUUAAAAACCUGCCACCUCGGUUGUGAGCAGGUCAUAAAGACAUCACCCAUCUUCCUUUUUUUCCUUAUUAUAGCCGGUGUAUUAGCCUCGUCCCCAUAACGUAAAUGAGUACUACAGAAUGAUAACAAUAUUAGUAAUAAUCCCCAAACAAAGAAAAAAAAAAACAAUAAAAAUUUCCCAGAGGGUUUCUGCAAUGGUUUUCUUAAUCCCUGUACCGUUUUCUGUUCCUUAUUUAUGUCUCCAUGUUGAUUAUCCUCCAUGUCUGACCUCUGUAAACUGCUGUCUGACUGUGCAGACCUCGUCAACGGGCAGCGCACCAAGUAAGAGUGGCAUGACCUGAACAUUACUAACUUUAUGACCUUUGUCUUGUGUUCCUACCACCAUGAAAUAAAAACGUCAA